AGGGCUGCUGAGUAAAUCACACACAGCCACAUCAGACGCCUCUCAGUGGGAAGGCUGCACACUCCUCCAGCACUGCCCCUUUCCCUCCUCCUUCAACAUAGCUCCUGAAGCUGCUUCUCAUGUACACAGAGAUCCUUUUCAGCAAGAACUCCUCUGCGGCCACAUCAGUAAAAGAAAGAGCCUGGUGAAGAGGCAUGGCUGGGGGAGGCAGAUGUUGCAUGGCUGCAGCAUCCUUGUGCCUGGCCUGGGCAAUCUCAGUGACUCUAGCCUCUCUUCCUCAGGUAGCAGCAAGUAGCAGAGGAACAAGAGCAGACUGGACUCAGGAAAAGUAUUCCCAUCAACCAACCAUUUUAAAUGCAUCUCUUAUUCAAGAAGUUGCUGCAAAUACAGAUGUAAAUCAAAUGUGGCAGUAUGACCUGCUUCCUAUACUGAUCGAGAGAUAUCCAGAAUCACCAGGGAGCUGGGCUGUGCGUCAGCAUAUCAAGCACCGUCUGCAAGGGUUACAGGCUGGCUGGGCAGUUGAAGAAGACACCUUUCAGAGCUACACUCCUUAUGGUUACCGCACAUUUUCAAACAUCAUCAGUACCCUCAACCCCUCUGCCAAGCGCCAUUUGGUGCUUGCUUGCCAUUAUGAUUCCAAAUACUUUCCACCACAGUGGGAUGGCCAGGUGUUUGUUGGAGCUACUGAUUCUGCUGUGCCCUGUGCUAUGAUACUUGAAUUGGCACACUCCCUGGACAGGCAGCUGCACUCUUUUGAGCAAGCUGUCUCCAAUGGUACACUAGAUCUCUCCCUGAAGUUAAUUUUCUUUGAUGGUGAAGAAGCAUUUGUGCAAUGGAGCCCUUCUGAUUCUCUGUAUGGCUCUCGGCACUUGGCUCGGAAAAUGGCGUCUACACCACAUCCACCGGGUGCAACAAAUACAAAUCAGAUUCAGGGCAUUGAUCUUUUUGUGCUGCUGGAUUUAAUUGGUGCUCGAAACCCAACUUUUCCUAUUUACUUUCUGAACACUGCUCGCUGGUUUAGGAGGCUUGAAGCAAUUGAACAAAACCUUCAUGAUUUGGGUUUGUUGAAGAAACACCCUUCUCAAAGGCAAUAUUUCCGGGGUGAAGUACUAAGAAGACAAGUUGAAGAUGACCACAUUCCAUUUUUAAGAAGAGGAGUUCCAAUCCUUCACUUGAUACCAGAUCCUUUCCCUAGAGUGUGGCAUACCAUGGCAGAUAAUGAAGAAAAUCUUGACAAGCUGACCAUUGACAACCUCAACAAAAUUCUACAAGUCUUUGUGCUGGAAUAUCUAAAUGUGCCUUGACAACAUUCUUGGUGCCAUCAAAUGGAUGCUUUGUCUUAAAUACCACCCCCGUCCCCCCAGUCCAUCUUUACUUAUUCCCAAGAACAGGCUUCUAGUUUAUUUAGGAAUAAAACAUUCUCCUUACCCUAGAUAAGAACUGGAAUAGAGACAAUUCUUUAUAAUUCAGCUCUGCUAUAGAAAAUUUAAUUAACUCUUCCAAAGAAAAGUAUUGUUGAGAGAACCCAAAGCCAAUCAUUUCAGGUGGGUAGCAGUGUUGGUCUGCAGAACAACAAGAUUUGAGUCCAGUAGCACCUUAAAGAUCAACAAGAUUUUCAGGGUAUACGUUUUUGGGAGUCUAAGCUCCCUUUGUCAGAUUCCAAAGCUAAUAAUGAUAACAGAGUUGAAAAGAAACCCACACACCAAAUUCUGUUGUAGCAAAAGCAAACACCCCCACCCCCCAUCCUCCAUUUCUCAUCUCAAGAAGAAAUGAAUGGAAGGUCUUAAUUUGCCCUAGCUACCACAUUAGUUUAAUCAUUUUAAAACAAGUUCACUGGGCUCACAUAUGUAUCUAUUUCUACAGCAAAUGCUUUUCAUAUGGUUCAUUUGCUGCACAAUGCUUCUGCUCUAAUGGAUCUCACGAGCUGCUUUACAACUGGAGUAUGCAUUUCCUAUAGAUCACCCUGAAGCAAAGUUUCAGUUCCUAAAACUUACAUUCUGUACAGGGUUCUAUUAAAAAAGGAACCCUGACCUUGGAUUACAACUGUGCAUGUUAGAAAAGUAAUAGCACACAUUAGAUCAUAUCAUAGUUGAAGUUAGUAUAUGAUGCCCUAAUUAGUUGAAAGUUAAUUUAUCAGAGGUGAUGGGUCAUCCCAACUCCAUAACCUUGUUAACAUUUAGUAAGAUCAAAGGUAGUCAUCUUGUAGUACUUUGGCUAUCACCUAUUAUGUCACAGCUUAAACUGAAUACUGUUUACCAUAUAAACUCACUAUAACGUUUGCACAUAUACAUUUUGUCUCACAUUUUCAUACUCUUUCAGUAUAUAAUGCACACUGAGGUAAAAAUCCAGUUCUAUUAGACCACUUUAGUAGUAACAUCACAAACAGUUACUUGGCUGCCAUAGGUAAACCAUCCUCUUCCAAUUUCUUUGAAAUCUUCUACCUGCCACCAGAGCUUUCCCACAAAUAAGAUACUGCAUUUUGACUCAUAUUUUCACUUAUUUUCUAUCUAGUACGCAUGGCAAGUGCUGGCUGGGAACAUACUACUUUGGAUCUAAAGUAGUAGAAGCAGAAUUUCCUUGCCUCACUUCUGCUGUAGCCCACUGCGCCUCCAAAAACACUGCUCCUGGGACAGUGCUGAGUGCAACAUAGGGGUCUGCAGUAGAAGAGAAGUCACACAACACACCCUCAACUAGCAGAAAUCCCAUUCUGUCAGCAGAAAACAGAUUUUACCAUGGUGCACAAUCAUACGAGCAGUGUGACCAUUAAGCGGUUCAUACAUUUGAGCUCUAAGACCUCAAUGCCAUUAGCAUUGUUCUAAGAAAUACACAUCCCUGGAUUCUUAUUGCACUGGUUUCUGGUAUAUAUACAGGGUGGCAUUUCAGUAGCUGCCCUUAAUUUGAAUUAAUUCCCUUUAUUGUACUUUAAAACUCUUAAGAUAUCCAUCAAAUAUAUGUUUGGUUGAUAGCAUUCCCCUCAUAGUUUUUAGUACUCUUCCAUUCUGGACAAACAUUAACAUUUUACAAGCUAUCUUGAAUUAACAGCUACUGGCUUCAGGUCAAACAUGACUAGGUAACAACCAGAUAACCAAUUCAAAGCGAAGACCUUUAAGUAUGCAAUUCCUUUUGAGUCCCAAUGAAAUUAUUUUUCUGCUGGUGUUAAUAUCAAACAGAGUUUACAGGAUAGAUUCCACAAAUACAAUGUAAAAAAAUCACCUCCACUGUACAAUCAAUGAAAGAUCACUUUGUCACCUCUUAAUGGAAGGGGGGGGAAAAUCCCAAGACAAUAUAAAGAUGUUCUAGACAGGAUACAGCACAGAAAUAAAAAAAUUGUAAUUUAAGACUCCUCAAAGCUUAUAGUUUUCUUACAAAACAUCCCCAUGAACUUUGAGGCAAGAAAACCAUUGUUCCAUAUAGGAAGAAGGAUUAAACUUUCUUCUUUCUGCAAGAACUUAUCUGCACCAUGGAAAUCAAAUAUACCUGAGCCAAAAUAAUACAACAUUUGAAAGAUAAAUCUUAAACCUUAUGGAAAAAAUCAGUCAAAGAUACAAUAGAAAUGCAUAGAUUCUCAACAGAUAUUUUAAAUAUUAUUUGAUUGCAUUACUUUGUUAUACAGAACACAAGUGUUUUCCAAGGAAAAAUAGCAUCUUUGCAGUCGUUGGUCAUCAAUUUUAAGAAGGCAACCAUUUUGACUUUUAGUCUGAUUUGUUUCUAACUCUCAAAAACGCAAGAAUGUGGAUACAGUCUUUAAAACAGUGCAUCACUCUGUUUACACAUUUGAAAAGGCAAGAUUAUCAUCAUACAAUAAAAUAAACGUCAUUAAGUCA